GUUAAGAUUGUAAGAAAUUCGGAAAAAAAACCAAGAUGGAAUCGGUUCUUACUCCCCCGUUGCCGUUUAAGUUUGAGGAAAAUGUAACCAAUAUGGCGUUCGGCAGUUUGUGUGAAUCUUGGGAGAAGUGGAAGAAUGGUUUUCAAAUAUACGUGAAGGCAUGCGAACUUAAUAAGAAAACGGAAGAAAUACAAAUGAACAUAUUUUUACACGUCGUAGGGGAACAGUGCCGUGAGAUAAUAGAACAAAGUACGACGAAAUGUACAACACUAGCGGCCGUAAUAGCUCUAGUCGAUAAUCAUUUUAAAGCGAAAAAAAACGUAACGGUCGAGCGUCAUCGGUUUUUUACUCGUCAACAAGGUGAACAUGAGUCCAUAGACCAGUACGUCUUUGAAUUGAGAAAAUUGGCUCAGUCAUGCGAGUUUGGUACCCUAAACGACGGAUUAAUAAAAGAUAGGCUGGUAUGCGGAAUCGUGAGCGCAGCGAUUAGGGAGCGGUUGCUACGCGAGGACGACCUAACGCUAAACAAAGCGUUAGAAAUAUGUCGGGCUGCCAUAGUGUCGAAAAUGUAUUCGGAGGACAUUAAACGAGAGUGUACAAGUGAGAAUAAAGGUAACGAAGUCUGUGCGGUAGCUAACAAAGAAGUGUACGAGUCGAGUCGGUCAGGUGCAAGAGUCGAGGCAAAAUCGAGUCGUAGGACGGGUACCGGACGAGGAUGGCGCGGGCGCGGAUGGGCGCCUGGCUCGGGGCGUGGCGGCGCGCCGGGCGCGGCGGGCCCGGCCGGCGCUCAGCACCGCGCGCCGUACGCGCAUCGCGGAGGCGGGUGCGGCCAGUGCGGCGGCGUUCACAAGAAGUACGACUGUCCGGCAUAUGGCAGGAGCUGCAUGAAAUGUUCCAGACCGAAUCAUUUUGCCAGGAUGUGCAGGGUGUACAUGGUGGAAGAGUCCGAGGACCAGGAUAGUGAGGGCUCCAGAUAGAUGGGGUAACUGGAUCUAACAACAGAUGUCUAUGCUCAACGGAGGACGGGAGACGCAUCCCAAAUAACUUCUAUGUACUAAAAUAAUCAACAUAGAAUACCUA